AUGAUCAAUGCACUUAAACAAGAUUGCAAACGAUUAUCUGAAUUACCUUUAGUAGAACUGCAUGUGGAACAAAAUGAUCAAACCGUAUGGGAUCGUCUCAUCUACGUCGAGGAAAAGAUUGCUACUAGUGGAAAUAAACAUGACGAACAACUAGCAGUAGUAGACUCUCGAACACCAAGAGCAGAUUUUCCACAACUUAUUCAAGGAUAUCUUUCUCCAGAAGAUAAGAACAAGGAUCUAGAUAAACUUGAACCCGAAUCAAAGCGCCGUUCAAUAGGUCUUUAUCUUGUGUUAUUAAUGGACAAUAUUCCACGUAUUGAAAUGGAUGUAUGGGUUGAUUUCGGAUUCUGUACAUGCAAAAAUCAAGCGAUGGAAGCUGAGUUGGGACGAGUAUAUCGUGCACUUAUUGAUCAAUGCACUCUCUAUGAAUUCUACAAGAAUUAUGAGGGGAAAUCUUUGGAAGUUCUUAUUCGAUCAAAAAAUAUCGCUAAUGCUGAUUAUCUGAAAUCAAGUGGUGUUGUUUUUGGAAAUCCUUCUAAGAGCGUGUACUACUUGAAGCAUUUAUUGGGUAUUGGUUGUGCAUUUAUAUUCAUUAUUAUACUAAUUAUUUAUCGUCAAUGUCGUACAAUAACUACUUUACUUAUACUUAAUUCUAUCAUAGCUGGUUUUAUUGUCAAUGUAAUGUAUGUUUAUCAAGUGAUAUCUCAAUUAACUAGUGAUGGAAAUGAUAAACUAUGUAUAUUACGUGGUUUUCUUUUACAAAGUGGAUGUGGUCUUCUCUAUCAUACAUUAUGUGUUCAAGCACUUUAUCGUUUUUUUGCUACUAUACCUAAACGACAACAAUAUCUUCAAUCGAAAUAUACAAUUACAUUUAUUGUAUUAGUACAAUGGUUUAUUUCAAUAACUUUUAAUCUUCCGAUUCUUAUUGAUGGUCGAAUAAAGUUUCAAGUAAACUAUCGUGUUUGUCAGGUAUUAAUGCAGGAUCUCUAUGGUUUUCUUUAUCUUUCAAUAUGGAUUUAUUUUUUUCCAUUAAUAAUUAUUAUAGGAAUUUAUACUCGACUUUUAAUAUAUAUUAAACAAAAUCCAUAUCGUUUGAUUAUUCAUCAAAAUAUAUUUAAACGACAACGACAAAAAUAUGAAUUUCAUAUUUUUCGUCAUAUUAUUAUUCUUAUCAUAAUUCUUAUUAUUAUGCAAUUUCCUAAUCUUCUUGUUUUUUUUAUUAUUCAAUUAACUGAUAUAAUAAUAUCUAAUUAUAUACAACGAAUAUGUUUCAUGUCGAUUUCAUUUGGUCAAAAUAUAACAAUGUUCAUAUGCUUGAUUGAUAAUCAUCAAAUUCGAAAAUGUUUUAAAAAAGUAAUUAGAAAAGUAAAACAAUGCUAG